UUGUCAUACCGGCGCCCAACCUUAUCGCUCUUAUGGACUGCCUGCUGUACCUUUUAUUCAGUGAUCAUGUGUCUGUGGACGUCGAACAGAGUUCAUUAUCGUUAAAUAAAAUAAUUGUUAAAUAUUUGUUCGUUAAUGUCGCCAAAUAAAUAUCAAAAGUGCGACUGUAUUUCUUUAAUCCACUUUCGUAUUGUAUUAACAUGACUUAAAGAACUGCAAUACAAAAGUAGUGUUAUUCAAUAUUAAUACCUACGAACAAGUUACGGUUCUUUUAUAUUACCUGGCUAUUAAAAGUUUUAAAUACGAGCUUGUUUAGGAUCGAUGCUGUCUUAAUUUAUUAUUUUGGUUUUACUUUAUCAUGGCCGAUGACAUAUUGGUUACCUUAUCUAAGCCAGAAAUGCCCUCUGGACUAGGUUUCUCAUUGCUCAGCAUAGCCGAUUGCCCACCAGUUAUUUAUGAUGUGAUUGAAAAUACUCCCGCUGCUGAAUGCGGUCAAAUUGAAGCUGGUGAUUUAAUAGUAAAAAUAAAUCAAGAAGAUGUCCGUUCCUACUCUAUAAAAGAAGUAUUAAAAUGCUUGAGAUUAGCUAAAAAUCCCAUAACACUAAGAUUAAUCAGAGAUCCUGAAAUUAAAACUAAAGUUUAUAGUAAAUUAAUAGAAGAUAGAAUUGCUCCACAAGUUUUAUUUCAUGACAUGGAUUCACCACAACCUCCACCUCAACAUCAUCCACUACCCUUAGAAAUAGUUACAAGAACAAAUGUAGAUAAAAUUGAACCGCCAAAAUAUGAAGCUUUUGUGAUGACAGGUGAUCGAGUUAUUAAAAUGUCUAAAAAUUCUCAGGUAUCAUUGUUUCCUAAAAGAGAUAGAAAAAUUGAUUGUCUUGUAAAAAAUAGAGGUCCAAUUAAAACUCAAAUAGUUAAUUCCAGUUCUGUUCCUAGUAGUCCAGUUGAUAAUGAAAUAACUAAUAUAAUAAAACCUAAAUCUGGAAAUACAUCACCAAGUUCUCCACCACUUUCUAGUAUUUCUAACUUUAAUUGUGUUUCACGAUCAGAAGAUGCUUUGCAAACUAAUACAAUUUAUCAAAUUUCAUCUACUAUGAGUAUUGAUACAGAAGAUAUGACAUCAUCUUGUAACACAUUAUUAAAUACUGAUACAAAACCAUUAGAAGUAGAAGAUAAGAGAGUAUUAUGGACCUACAAUUCUGGUGAUAUACCAAAAGAAGUUUUAACACCCUUUAACUCUCUCUCUAAAGUUAUGUCAUCUAAUUCACCUAUAACCAAAUCAUCUGAUAAACAAUUGUCCAUUAAAGGAUCUUUUCAUUCUAAUACUCAAUCGAAUAUAUCUAAUCUUGAUUUUCGAGAUAUUGCUGAUUCUGAUUAUUUAUUGAAUUCUCAAGAAAUAGAAAUUUCAAAUACUAGUGAUAAUAACUCUAUAAUUUUAGCAAAUCAAUCAAAGACUAGGAAAAAUACUGAAAUAGGUAAAUAUUCUCAAGAUAGAUUUUCAGAUCAUCGUAUUGUAAUUCAAGUUAAAGGUCCAGAAAAAUCAAACAUAUCAAUGUCAAAAAAUAGUGAAAACAAUAACAGGUAUUACAUUGAAAAAGAAAACAUAGAUAAAAGUCAUCAAAAUUAUAAGACAAAUGAUGAGACUGAAGAUGUUCAACAUUUACUUGCUUUAACUGAAAGUGCUGCUCAAUUAGCUUAUUCUGUUGCUGGUAAUGAAGAAAAUUGGAAAUAUAAUGAAGACAUGGAUUCUGACAGUAUACAUAGUUUCCAUUAUUCACCAAAAGCUGUUGAUAUGCCCUCUGCAAUAAGAUUAGCUAAACGGUUAUUUUAUUUAGAUGGUUUCAAAAAAAGUGAUGUUUCACGUCAUCUAAGUAAAAACAAUGAAUUUAGUAGAGCUGUUGCUGAAGAAUAUCUCAAAUAUUUUGAUUUUAAAGGAAUUUCAUUAGAUUUAGCACUAAGACAAUUUUUAAAACAAUUCAGUUUAACUGGAGAAACACAAGAACGAGAAAGAGUAUUAAUUCAUUUCUCUAAAAGAUAUUUGGAUUGUAACCCUCAUUGCUUUAACUCUCAAGAUGCUGUUCAUACUUUAACAUGUGCUAUAAUGUUACUAAACACUGAUUUACAUGGUCAAAUGAUAGGGCGAAAAAUGACAUGUAAUGAGUUCAUUGAAAAUCUAGCAGGACUUAAUGAUAAUGAACAUUUUCCUAGAGAUGUACUUAAAUCAUUAUACAUGGCAAUCAAAACCAAUCCACUUGAAUGGGCCAGUGAUGAUGACAUAGAUGAAAAUCAAAUUAAAAUAGCUAAUGCCAAUCAAUCAGAUGGCUUUGGAAAUAAACUAUCUGACCAAAAAAGUAAUGAUUAUGAAGAAAAUAUCAUGACUCAGGCUUUGGAACAUAAAAAAGGCUAUGUUAUGAGAAAAUGUUGUAAGGAAGCUAAUGGAAAAAAAACUGCUAGAGGAAAAAGAGGCUGGAAAAUGUAUUUUUGUACAUUACGUGACCUUAUUCUUUACUUACAUAAAGAUGAUUCUGGUUUUAAAAAAACUCAAAUUAGCGAUAGCAUUCAUAAUGCAAUACAUAUACACCAUGCUUUAGCUACUAAAGCUAUUGAUUAUACAAAAAAACAACAUGUUUUCAGACUUAUUACUGCUGACCAAGCGGAGUAUUUGUUUCAAACUAGUGAUGCUAAAGAGUUAGAUUCCUGGAUAAAUACAAUUAACUUUGUAUGUGCUAGUUUUUCUGCACCUAGAUUACCAAGUGCUGUGGGAAACCAGAAAAAAUUUCAAAGGCCUUUAUUACCAUCAGCUCCAACAAAAUUAAAUUUGCGUGAACAACUACAAGAACAUGAAAAUACAUUACAACAACUUCAAGAUGAACUUAAAAUUCACCAAAGAAAACCCUCUGAAUGUGGUUCUAAAAACAUUAGUGUUCAAUUUUUUAAAGAAAAAGAAGCUCACUUAAUAGAUGAAUUAAAACGGUAUGAGACAUAUAUACGUUUAUUGAAGUCAAAAAUUAUUCAAAAUUCAGAGUAUAAUUCUAAUAAUGCACUUGAAGAAACUGAUGACGAAACAGAAAUGUUGAUUGCUGAUGUGCAAAAUAACUCCUUACCUAUUUCCAACAGGGUUAUCAAUGCUUGAAGCUGCAAAAUUUACCAUUGGAUAUUCAAGACAUUUUCACCUGGCUGUGUAGUUGAUAUAUUGUUACUUAAUUUUUUUUUUUUUUUUGUAGUGACUAUUGAAAACAUUAAUGUUUUCGGUUUUUUAAUCGAAAUUAGUCUGCUGCCAUCUUUAAUACUUAUUAUAAACAAUAGUAUUAUUUAUUUGUACUUGGAGUGUCACAUUUAUUUUAUCGAACCUGGUAAUUAUAUAUUUAUAUUUUCUAUACUGUUAUUAUUUAUAAAAAGAUAUUUGAUCCAUAUGAUUAUGAAUUAUGUAAUUUAUAAAUAAUUGUUAUUAUGCUCUCAUUUAAAUUGAAAAAUUAGCAAAUGAACAAUAUUAUUAUUAAUACUAUAUGAAUAAAGUACUUGUUAUAAAUUAACAUGUUACUAAUUAAUCAAUCAGUUUUAUUGAACAAAUUAAUUUUGAUUUUAUUAAAAUCAAUAAUAUUUACUUAAUUAUGUUAACUGAAAAUAUUUUUUUAUUCAUAUUUCUCUAGACCCUUGUGAAAUAUGUUUAUUUUAUUUGAAAAACUGAAUUUAUAUUCUGAUAAACUUACUCUAUGUACAAUUUCAAAUAAUAGUUUUUUCUUGUCUCAACAUUAGUUUUAAAAAUAAAAUUAGAUUUUUAUUUAAAUCAUUAUAUGCCUAUAAGACUCAUUGUGCCAAUUUUUUUUCUUUUAAUUAUGUAGUAUAAGAAGUUUUGUACUUGUUUAAGGUACAUAAAGAAUUUGAUUAUAUAGAGAAAAUUAAUCUUAAUAAGAUAUGUAAACAGUUGUUAUAUUGUUUUUUUUUUAAUUUUGUAAAAUUCAUUUUGAUAAAUUGUGUUUUAAACAAUUUAUAAAUAACUAACUCAAAUUCCCUUUAUUUUUAUACUAAAUAAAAAUUAACCAUAAAAUAUUAUUAAUAAAUAUGUGGCAUAGAUAUUAUAAAAAAAUCUAUUUUAUAAAUGAAUCAAUUUAAAUAUCUAUUUGAUUGAUUAAGUAUUAAUGAACGCAUUUGGUUUAUGUAAAUAGUAUUUAAUUUGAGAAAAUAAAAAGUUACCAAGUA